GAGGAAGUCAGUUAAAGCGGAGCGGAGUUGGAGUGAACGCGCGCCUCCACACCGCUGCUGCAAUUUGCCGGAUCUCUCGCUUUCCUCCGCAGAUCUUUAUUCGCUUGUUGCUUGACUUAACAUUUACAGACUCGAGUCCGCACUCAAUUCCCAAACUUCUAGUCGCUGGAACUAUCUUAGUCGCGUAGCUCGUUACUGCUCUAUGUGACUAGUUAUCCUUCUGCAAGCCGCACAGAGGCAGUCUGUUAUUAUCCGCUGUGCGAAACCUGAUCUCUGCUUUCCUCGGGAGGGAAAAGUCGGCGUGCUGCUGAGAAAUAUUUAGUAAAUGGUUAACGGAGCCGGAGUGUUUACAAGCGACGCGUAAAACUCGCUAGUCGGAUGUAAUCUGAGAGACGCGGGAGGCAACAGCUUGUUUUUGUUCACUGGAGCUCUGAGUCUCUACGUGUUGAAAUAAAUAAGCACGAGUUUAAAAGGCUGAUCAGCCCCGGAGAUGCGAAUGAGACAUAAGGAAUUCACCCGAGGAUUUUAGGAGUAACGAUGGCUGGAUGGAAACACACCGUGCGUGUGUGACAGACUCACGGACUGCAGAACUUUUCAAAUCCUGGAGCAUAUUUAUGAUCAUUCGGAAUAAAUAUUCGGCCACUCGGAUGAGUCUUGCUGGCUUUACAAGACACAUAGGUUAGGAAUCGGAAGCAGAGGGAACAGGUAGGCUGCGCAGGAGACGCUUGGAUCUUUACGCUCAUCCGUAGAUAAACAGCUCCAUGUCUGCGCCACGCCGCAACAAUUCAGUCUGACUUAAGUUCGUGUUGGAUUUGCGAGCUCGAGGCAGGAGCCGGGAGCCUGAGAUACGAUUUUUUUUAGGAUUACACAUCUUCACGCUUGAUCAUGGAAAUGGUUCGGUGUAUUCGGGGUGGAUCAGAGAGCGGACGGAGACGCGCAGACAGCGGGCACGUCGCGCCGAUUUUCGGAUCAGCGCGGCGCAGCGACCCGGGAGACAAGUGCCCUGAUCGAGGUACUACAAAGAGCAACAUGAAAGGGACCUCAGGAGUCGAGAAGACGACUGAUCACAUGUCAGGCAACGUAAGAAGUUACAAGGGAAAGAAAAAGUUGGCGUUGUGUACGAGGAGUUACUGGGCGCUCUUUUGCCUCCAGAUCCACGUGUUGAAAGCCGUAGCGCAAGGUGAUGUGGCCCCAUACUUCAAAACUGAGCCAGGGCCUCCAGAAAUCCAUCUGGAGGGGAAUCGGCUGGUUAUGACCUGUCUGGCGGAGGGCAGCUGGCCUUUGGAGUUUAAAUGGAUCCUCAACAACACAGAUAUCACUGCAUUCUCCCCAGAGUACAAGUACACGAUACCCUCCCUACAGCGCUCGGACAUGGGUGUGUACCAAUGCGUGGUGAGAAACCGAAUGGGAGCUCUGCUACAGAGACGAGCAGAGAUACAAGUGGCAUACAUGGGAGACUUCGUGGAGUCUGACCAGCGCAAGACGGUGACCCAGGGUCGGGCAGCCAUCUUAAACUCGCCGGAGGUCAGCUCUUUUCCCCGGCCGCAGGUCACGUGGUUCAGGGAUGGCUACAAGAUCAUUCCCAGCAGCAGAGUGGCCAUAACCAUGGAGAACCAGCUGGUAGUGUUGUCCACGGCUGCAGCGGAUGCCGGGAGGUACUACGUCCAGGCCGUCAACGAGAAGAAUGGCGAGAAUAAGACGAGUCCAUCCAUUUACCUGAAUGUGACAGUAAGCAAGAGGAAUCGUGGAUCACACGAUUGGGAGGCCCCUGCGGACCCGGUAGCCCCAGUAAUCGUGAUCGCCCCAAGGAAUACGACGGUAGUAGCAGGGGUGAGCGAGGCCACGCUGGAGUGUGUCGCUAAUGCACGGCCUGUGGACAAGCUGAGUUUGGUGUGGAGGAGGAAUGGUGUGGAGGUGGCCAGUGGUGUGGGCUCUUUCGGUCGCCGUCUGACCAUCAUUAACCCCACCACUGCGGACAUGGGACUGUACGUGUGUGAGGCCUCCCUGCUCGACAGCAGCGUCAAGUCCGCCGAAGCCAGAGCGUUCCUCUUUAUUAUAGAGACUCCCUACUUCACAGCCGAGCCCAGAAGGAAGAUGAUGGGAGAAGUGGAGAAAAGCGUGAAUAUCUCGUGCCAGGCUCGAGGUGUGCCCAUGCCCAAGCUGGAGUGGUAUAAGGAUGGCGUGUCGCUCAGCAAGCUGAACAAUCCACGCUAUAAGGUCAUCUCCAGCAUGGGACUGCAGAUCAGAAGACUGCAGCCCAGCGACGUCGGUAUCUUCCAGUGCUUCGCCAGGAACACUGCCGGAGAGACGCAGGUCCACACCUACCUAGAUGUGACAAGUAUGGCUCCAUCAUUCAGCGUUCCACCGGCAAACAUCAACGUGACCGAUGGCACUGUGGCCUCUUUCACCUGUCAGGUCUCCGGUGCCCCGAAACCGGCCAUUGCCUGGAGGAAAGAUGCACAGAUACUAGCCAGUGGCUCGGUACAAAUACCACGCUUCAUGCUACUUGAGUCUGGGGGACUGCAGGUGCAGCCGGUGGCGCUGCAGGACGCGGGGACCUACACCUGCUACGCUGCUAACGCAGAGGGUGCAAUCAACGCCAGCGCAGAGCUCACUGUGUGGAGUCGCACCUACAUUUCCCAGCCUCCUGUGGACCGGCGUGUCAUCAAGGGAACGACGGCCAUUUUGGAAUGCGGCGCCGUCCAUGAUGCACGCGUUCACGUAAGGUUUGUGUGGAAGAAAGGUGGCGAGGCGGUCGGACAGUCCAGAGGAGGACGGAUUAGCGUGCAGCAAGGCUCCCUGCACAUCUCUCAGACCUGGUCAGGGGAUAUAGGCGAUUACACUUGCGAUGUGAUUUCACUCGCUGGCAAUGACUCCAAAGCUGCACGCCUGGAAGUGAUAGAGCUGCCUCACUCGCCGCGGAACCUGCAGGCCAGCCUGAACGCCACCGACAGCCGCAGCGUGCACUUGUCCUGGAUGAGGCCCUUCGAUGGCAACAGCCCUCUGCUGCACUACAUUGUGGAGCUCUCUGAGAACAAUUCUCCGUGGAGGGUGUACUUACCCGACGUGGAUCCGACGCUUACGACGGCCGAGGUGACCGGUCUCACUCCGGCGCGAACCUACCAGUUCAGAGUCUGUGCUGUCAAUCAAGUGGGGAAAGGACAAUACAGCGGUGAGACAAACCGACUGAUGCUGCGGGAAGAGCCACCCAGCGCUCCACCCAAAAACAUAGUGGCCAGUGGACGCACAAAUCAGUCCAUUAUGGUGCAGUGGCAGCCACCUCCGGAGUCGCAGCUCAAUGGUGUGCUCAGAGGUUACGUCCUCAGGUAUCGGCUGGCGGGGCUCCCCGGCGAGUACCAGCAACAAAAUAUCACCAGCCCUGAUAUCAACUACUGCCUCAUCACCGAGCUCAUCAUCUGGACACAGUAUGAGAUCCAGGUGGCGGCGUACACGGGAGCAGGCCUCGGCGUCUUCAGCCAGCCUGUCGUUGAGUACACGCUCCAGGGAGUUCCCACAGCACCCCCUCAGGAUGUAGAGGUUGUUGCUGUCAACUCAACCACCAUCAAAUUUACCUGGAAUCCGCCACCUCAGCAGUUCAUAAACGGCAUCAAUCAAGGUUACAAGCUAAUGGCUUGGCCUGAACACUCACCUGAAGCCUCCACAGUGGUGACCAUCACCCCUGAUUACCACGGUACCCGUCAUCAGGGCUACAUCACUGGCCUGAAGAAGUUUACCUGGUACCUCACCUCAGUGCUGUGCUUCACUACGCCAGGAAACGGCCCUCGCAGUUCUCCAAAACUCAUCCAGACACAUGAGGACAUUCCAGGCCCUGUAGGGCGUCUGAGCUUUACUGAAAUCCUCGACACAUCUCUGCGAGUUAGCUGGGAGGAGCCUGUGGAGAAAAACGGAAUCAUCACAGGUUACCUCCUGUCCUGGGAGGCUCAAGGGCAGAAGGAGUCACGUGUUGAACGCACCAUGUCCAACACAACACUGGAGUACAAGGUGACCGGCCUCACCUCUCUCACCACCUAUACCUUAGAGGUGGCAGCCAUGACCGGUGCAGGCAUGGGCACGCUCUCAUCUUCUACCAUUUCCUCUGGUGUGCCCCCGGAACUUCCUGGACCUCCUUCAAACCUCCAGAUCUCCAAAAUAAGCCCACGGUCUGCCACUUUGAAAUUCCGGGCAGGGGAUGAUGGGAAAACGUCCAUCUCCAAAUGGAUUGUAGAGGGACAGGUGGGCAGCACAGGAGAAGAAGAAGAAUGGAGGGUGUUGUAUGAGAAGGAGAAUGAUCCAGAAGCUCAGGUCCUGGAGGUUCCUAACUUGACCCCGUUCACACACUACAGGUUCCGCAUGCGGCAGAUGAACAUCGUGGGCUCGAGUGAAGCGAGUGAGCCAUCGCGAGUGAUCCAGACUCUUCAGGCUCCUCCUGACGUGGCUCCCGGCAGCGUGAGCGUCCGUACGGCCAGCGAGACCAGCGUCUGGUUGCGUUGGAUGCCUCUGCCGGAGACAGAGUAUAAUGGGAACCCGGAGAGCGUGGGCUACAGGGUGAGGGUGUGGCGCGCCAAUCAGCCGGGUGACGCCAGCACUAAGGUGGUGAACGACAAACUGGAGAGAGAGAUCACACUGGAGGGCUUAGAAGAGUGGACCGAGUACCUGUUCCAGAUUCAGGCUUUCAACUCUAUCGGGCCUGGACCCUGGAGCGAGCCUGUAAAGGGGCGGACACGAGAGUCGGUUCCAUCUGGAGCUCCGGAGAACGUGACAGCCGAAGCCGUGAGCUCUACACGCAUCCUGGUGACCUGGGGACCUGUUCCAGAUCCGCAGCAGAACGGCAACAUCCUUGGAUAUAAGGUGCUGUACCGGGAAAACGACUCGGGUUCGGAGCCACAAGUGCAGCUGGUGAAGGGGAACCUGACGCAGUCGGUGUUACUGAGGAACCUGCGCAAGUAUGUGCUGUAUGAGAUCCAAGUACUAGCAUUCACACGCAUCGGAGACGGACAGAUCAGCAGCCCUGCCAUCCUGGAAAGGACUAAAGAUGAUGUUCCAGGGCCACCUAUGAGACUGGUGUUCCCCGAGGUGCGUCUGUCGGAAGUCAGGGUGGUCUGGCAGCCUCCUGUAGACCCGAACGGCAUCAUUUUGGGGUAUCAGGUAGCAUACCGGCUGGAUUCUGGAGAUCCGAAUAAGUUCACCACGGUGGAGGUGGGCACAGAUACCACACAGUUCACUGCCAGCGGCUUGCUCCCAGAAUCUGCUUAUAUCUUUAGGAUUUCAGCCAAAACUCAGCAGGGCUGGGGUACAGCCGCACAAGCUGUGGUCAUCACUACAGAGAUCAGAGAGCGGCCUCAGCCUCCACUGCAGCUCAGGGUGCCUCAGGACCAGGUUCAGUCACGCCAGCUCAGGUUGGACUGGGUGCCAGGGGGAGAUGGUUCUUCACCAGUUCGCUAUUUCACACUACAGCUGCGCCAACUGCCUGAUGGAGACUGGAUCAAACACUCAUCCUCUAUUAGCCACAACAGCACCUCUUAUGUGGUUCAAUGGCUGAAGCCGUACACUUCAUACAAGCUGAGAAUGAUGGCGACUAAUGACAUCGGUGACAGCAAGUACAGCCGAGAGACCGAUGCAAUUACGACUUUACAAGAUGUUCCGGAUGAGGCGCCGGUUAUUCGGUCAGUGAAGCCUUCCACCACUACGUCGGUUCUGGUGCAGUGGCAGCCACCGAAGGAGGAGAGCGUGAACGGAGUGCUGGUGGGCUACCGGUUGUAUUACCGCGAGCUUCAGUACGACAGCACGCCACAGGAGGCCAAGAAGAGCAGCAACAGCACUUCAGCACGGCCAGACCUGACAGCCAAAAGUACUGUGAAGACCGUGAGCAAUCCUUCACUGACGGAAUUCGAACUCACCCAGUUGCAGAAAUACCAACGGUACGAAAUCGUGAUGACGGCCUACAACGUCAUCGGCGAGAGUCCUGCUAGCGCUCCGGUGGAGGUGUUUGUAGGAGAAGCAGCUCCAUCCGUGGCCCCGCAGAAUAUCCAGGUCAACACGGUGUCGUCCACUCAGCUGGAGGUGCAAUGGGAGCCGCCCCCUGUCGAGACGCAGAACGGCAUCAUCCAGGGCUAUAAGAUUCACUACUGGGAGACGGACAACCAGAACGAGACAGAAAAAGUGAAGAUCCUGUUUCUUCCUGAGACAAGCGUACGGCUGAAAAACCUGACCAGUUAUACGUACUACAUGGUUAAACUGUCUGCGUUUAACGCGGCAGGAGACGGUCCGCUCAGUGAGCCCAGGAGGGGGCGCACUCUUCAGUCAGCCCCCAGUGCUCCGAGCUUUAUUACUUUCUCUGAAAUCACCAGCACUACGCUCAACGUGUCCUGGGGAUUUCCUGUGUCGCCGAACGGAGUAGUAGAGGGCUACAGGGUGGUAUACGAGCCCACCGCCCCUAUUCAAGGCAUUAGUAAAGUGGUGACGGUGGACAUACGGGGCAGCUGGCAGCGCUGGUUAAAGGUGCGAGACCUGACAAAAGGGGUGACCUACAGCUUCCGUGUUCAGGCCAAAACCAUCAGCUACGGUCCCGAGGCAGAGGCCAACAUCACGGCGGGACCCGUGCAAGGAUCUCCAGGAUCUCCUCUCAGAACAUCCGUCACUAAGUCUGGCUCUGGCUUGACCAUCCACUGGACACCGGGAGACACAGGAGCCGGGCACGUGACCGGCUACGUCAUCGAGGCACGCCCUUCAGAUGAAGGAUUAUGGGACACCUUUGUCAGGCACCUGCCUCCUUCCAGCACCUCCCACACUGUGAGUCUGGAGAGACUGCGCCAUGGAGUCAGCUACCAGUUCAGAGUGCUGGCUGUCAACGACUAUGGCUACGGUGAGCCAAGUGCGCCCUCUGCUGCCAUGUCGGCCCAGAUGGACACCCCGUUUUAUGAGGAGUGGUGGUUUCUCAUAAUCCUUAUUCUGAUUGCUCUGAUUCUUCUCAUGAUGAUCGUUUUUGGCCUCGUCUUGCAUGGACAGAACAAGAAGUACAAGAGCUGUGGAACAGGUAAAGCUGUGUCCACGGUAGAGGAGAGGGUCACACUGGACAAUGGAGGCUUCACAGCUCUGGAGCUGAACAGCAGACCUGUUCACGUCAAGAGCUCCUUCCUUAGGAAGAACGGCACCCGAUCCCCGCCUCGGCCCAACCCUGCCGGUCUGCACUACUCAGACGAAGAUAUCUGUAACAACUACAAUGGUGCAGUGUCCACAGACUCCACAGCCCUUACAGAACGAGCUGCAGAACUGUCUGAAUCUGAGGCCACAGACAGCGAGUGUGAGGAAGAACCGAUCAAGCACUCAUUCGUGAACCACUACAUGAGCGACCCGUCUUACUUUAACUCAUGGAAGCGGCAGCAGAAAGGCCUGAAGGAGACGCUGGCUUGCGCGUACGAAGAGUGCGCCAGUGGAGACGGAGAGGGCUACUAUCAGACUGUCGUGACUCAGCACAGUGUGGGAGGCGUGUACACCCCUGCUGGGCAACCUGCACCAGGCUCACGUACACCACUCACAGGCUUCUCAUCCUUCGUGUGACGUUCCCCGAGGAGCAGGACCCCUCUGCAGAUCUCUCGUUCUGGUAACUGAGGGAUUUGGGAAAAUGCACAACAUGUGGGAAGACAUUAUAGCUGUGCUUUCAGCAUGAAGGGACAACCUGUGAAUGGGUUAAUGGACAAGGAGAACUCAUGGAAAAUCACUGGAACCACAGACACUGAGAUAAAUAAAGCAUAGUGUAUUACUGUACAUGUUUCUUGUAGGCUCAGACUUGACUGGAGAAGAUGAGUAAAGAUUUGUAUUACCAGCUGGGGAUGAAGCAGGGUGUAGCAGACAACCGGUGUUUAUUUAAAGAUUUGAUAAGUGAUGCUACAUUCCUGCAGCGACUCUUCAUGGUGGCACACCAAACACUCACCGUUCUACACAAGCAUUCCUGCCGCUAUUCCCUUCACAGAGAUAUUUUGCAUAGGACAAAAUCUCUGUAAUUACUAUCUACUAUAAACUGUAUAUACUGUCAAGUCUGAAUAAUCUCACUUGCCUUCAGUGUUUCUGUAUAUACACGUGUUUUCAAAAAAGAUCAUGAAACUGUGACGGGUGUGAUGAGGAAGCACAUUGCAGUGGGACUCUGAGGGUCACGACCACAGCUAUCACACUGUCUACUCCAGUGGAGCCCGAUCAUCAGUGAGCAAGCCUCACCAUCAGUCGUGCAGUGAUUCUCUGUGUUGCAUGUCAUCCUCACACAUCACAUCGCGGUUUGUUAAUCAGGCUGAACAACUAAAGACACUUUUUUUUUUUAAGGUUCACAGAUUAAGUGUAAUCCAAGACCUAAUCAGUUUCAGAGAAAUCCUGCUUUUUUUUGUACACAAAGCCUGGGUUAAAUGGAUUGCUUUCACUCCAGUCAUGGAGGCAACCCUGUGUUUCAAAUGGCGAAUUUUGAGAUGUUAGCGUAUGCUAAUUAGAAGCAGAAAUUUCUUCAAUGAUGUGUGGUAACACAGUUACGGCAAAAUGGCAGUGUUCGAUCUGAGAUGUUACUCAGGAACGGCUGGUAUAAUGGAGCUAAGAACUUCCCCCCCGAUCAUUUCUUUCAACGAUUAAAAAAAAAACCUUCAGUAUUCAGUAAAUUUAAUUUUUUUGCCAUGUACUAAUAAGCAGGUUGUUUUUACUGUCGUCUCAAUGAGGAUCAUUCUGAAUUUUGAUAAAACCAAGCACAACAUCGACUGUAAGAGCGAUCCACGGAAGAGUCCUAGAUCGCGUCUGCAUCAGGGCUGAUGUUUUUCAGUAAAAUAUCUUACACUUUUAUAUUCUUGUUAUAAGAUUAAAGCAAAUAUAAGAUUAUUAAACUUAUUUCUAAGAUACUUUUUACUUAUUUCAAGCAUUACAUUUUCUUAUUCUACUGCCAGAUGAUUUUGCAUCUUUCUAGAAAUACAAGCUAAACAUCAGCUACCAAUAGAACAAGCUUUAAAUGAGUACAGAAAUGGCAUGAAAUAAGUUUAAUAAUUCUAUAUUUGGUUGCGUUGAAAACUUAGAGAAGAAAAUAGUAGCUACAUUUGACUAUAUUCGUGUCAUGAACGCAAACAUAACAGACAUGACGUGAAACUAAACACAACGUAAAUACACAGAAGCGUAGAGACACGAGAGGGUUAAACAGAGAGGAGGUAGCUUGGGGUUUAAGGCAUUGGACUGCUGAACAAAAGGUUGCGAUUUUGAAUCCUAGGUCCUCCAAGCUGCCACUGCUGGGCCCUUGAGCAAGGCCCUUAACCCCUAAUAGCUCACUUGUAUAAAAUGGCAUAAAAUGUAAGUCACUCUGGACAAGGGCAUCGGCCAAAUGCUGUGAAUGUAACAGAACACACCAUUAAACAAUGCCUUGACAAAGGACUCAUAGACAAUGUCAAGUAUAUAAAGGGCAACUAUUAGGGCACAAAACAUGAGAGCAGUCAAAAAACACACUACAUGAAAACGUUAUACCCCCUCUGGUGGCCUGGCAGGAGAUUGUACCAGUGAUACAAGCUGUUGGCUGUCUACCUUUAAACGUGCCGGCCUUUCCCAUCAUCAUUCUUAUUACACCAUCACGGAGACCUCGUGUUAUAACCCUAACAGACUUCCUAUCCAAUUCCAGCCGUCACUGAUGCUACUCGAGUUUACAGUAUAUUGUAAGAUUACAGUAUGCCAUUUGAGACACAGCUCUGGGUCACGUUCAUCUUUUCUCUCUUCAAACACACCUGAUUUAACUCAUAGCAGGUUUGAUUAGCUGUCCAUACGAGUCACAUGUGUUAAAAAGACUGGAGUGAGCUUUUGCACAUUAUUAUUUGCAGUGUUUUGGACCAGAGACAUUGUGAGUUCGGGGAUCAGAAAAGCCUGGGCUGACAUUUUUCUGAAUCCGUAUAAAAUUUGAGCACAAAUGAAAACAUUUCAAUUGCUGGUUUGAGGACAUCGUCUCAUUUCCGUAACCGCUCACAUGACCACGUGUGUGAAACGUCUCCGGAUGGAAAGAUUGAGACAGAGUGUGAAGUUGUAUUUCCAGCACUCAUAAGCCAUAAGGACAUUAUUUCUUUUAUUAGUUUUAUUUCUUGAUAUUUUUUUUCCCGAUUUUUUUUUCUUGCUUUUAAAUGUUCGCCUUUUUAUUUUAUGUGAUAGAGAUGCAUUAAGGAUAUUAUUUUUAUUCGCUCUCUCUAUUUUUUGUACUGUAGUUAAUUUUGUCAUGUUUGUUUGUUUGUUUAUUGGUUCACAGCUUUUAAAAAGAUGAACAAAGCAAGGCAACAUGUUCAUGUUUCUACCUGCCAUUUCACCCCAGCACGAGUGUAUCAUCGACGUCCGUGAAGUAAAGGCAGUUUCCAACUUUUUUUCAGUGAAAGUAAAUGUUUGCUAUUGACUUCAAA